UGUGUAUUUAUAUUGCGUUCAAGGACCUCAUUCGAAGUUUGACAAAACAUAACUUAACAGGAAUACUUAUAGGAAUACUUAUAGUCAGACAUAACAGCGAGCAUAAAGGAUUCAGAAUAUACACACGUGAAAGAUAUAUUGGAUAUUUGAAUUGUAAAGAAAUGGAUCUUUCAAGACCUCUUGGUGGGAUAUGCAAAGCUCUGUCGUUAAUUAUACAGCAUCACGAGCCCACUGGAACGACGUUCGAAUUAAUUCGAUCUAAAUUCAUGCUGUACGUUGAAAUGGUAAAGAAAACUUCCAAAGAUGAAAUGGAAAUUGUUCAAACCGGAAGUUCCUAUGAUGAUUUACAUAUGUGCAGAAAUGUAUCAACAUACGACAAGAACGUGAUCUUUUAUCCCGCAACCGACUUUGAUUUUAUGAUGGUAUACAAAAAGUUUACUGUCAAGGAUUUAACAGGCGAGGUCAAAGAUGGUAUGGAUUACAAUGGCAAGAUCAGGAUCGAAAAAAUAGGAUCGCACGAUGCUUUCAUUAUGUUACCUUCAAAGCAUCUGGGAUAUGUAAAACUUUUUGUUACAGAAAAAGGUCACACGAUGCUGAAAGAAAAAGAAUCUAAGCUUCUGAAGCACAUUGACGAAGAGGGUUUCCUACUAAAUGAUGCCUUUUCGAAAGGUGUAGUGAUGGACCAGGCAACGGAAGUUAUUUAUAGUAGACUCCCCGAGACAAAGUUCAUAGCAAGUGGACCUGCUAUAUCGAAUUAUGAAAACGAGCAUAGAGGUUACACAUACGACUUUGUACAUGCUUUUCCGUGUGCCACGUGGCCGGAAGUGGCUCACAGAUGGAACAAACGCCCUCGAGAUGCAAACUGGCCAAAUGAGGCGAUCCGAAAUGAUAUGAUCAAAGAUGGUUGCGCAGUAGUACCUGUCGGGUUUUACACAAGUGAAGAGCAAGAAAAGGAAUGGCGACUUUCAUUCAACAGUUCAGAGAGGAAAUUAUCGAUCCAUUUAAACGAAAACCAGAAAAUCUGCUACUGUAUAGUGAAGCUUUUGGUCAAAACAAGUUUACAACCAGAUGCUGUUUUGUCGUCAUACAUGGUUAAGAAUAUGAUGUUCUGGUUCUGUGAGCAACAAUACGGCUACGAAGGUUGGGAGGACGAACAGCUUGGAGACCGUAUUCUACAACUGAUUUCGUACAUCUGUACAGCUUUAGAGCAUGGUAAUAUACCUCACUAUUUCCUCCCAUACAACAAUAUGAUAUUUCAUAAGGAAAAGGAAAACGUUACGAAUACGUUGAAAGAAAUGCAAAAACUCAGAGAGUUACCAUUCAAAGCAUUGGCAAAUGUUUGUAUGAAAAUGCAGCUGUUUGCAAUAGGAAAGGACAAACCGGGUUUGUUUACAACAGGGGGUGAACUACAGCUUAUGUUGACAUUGUUCACAAGUUCUGUACAACUGCUUAAUGAACUUGGAUUAAUGAAUUAUGAUGCUCCUAAGUUUGCUUUGAAGUGUUUCAGUGCAAUUAUUGAACUCAACACAUCGGUGAAACCUUUUAUCCGACAAAGUUCUAAUCUGUUUGGUUCAACAAGCAUACCACAGCUUCUUAAGCCGACAGCAAUCCAGUAUAUGCAGAAUGGACAGAUUGAGCGAUCACUGGCAUUCUUUCAGAUAAUGCUCGAUGCAGACAAGUGCUUCGUGAUCGAACACUAUCCAGAAACAUUGUCAAAUAUUGCGUGUUUAACUGCAGCAAAGAUAGAUUUUGAAGAAGACAAAACCAGAAAGGAAGAAUUAUCUACAAAGGCAAAUGAAUAUUUUCAACAGGCACUGCAGUGCAUCUCCGAUUCUCCUACACUGCAUUUUGCGUAUGGCAGUUUUUUGAUAGACCAAAAAAUAACCCUAAGACGUGCUGAAGAACAAUUUGUUAAAGCUGUUUCUAUAAGUAAGAAAAGGGAAGAUGACGAUGCGUUGGUUCAAAUUACGUUGCCAGGGAAACAAAAUGUUUCAACUGGAUUGUCAUACAUCCCGGGAAAGGCGGUUGCAUUCUACAACCUCAUUGAUACAUUGGCCGAUCUUGAUGACGUGUACAAAGCUCGUAUGAUGGCCAAAGAGUUUGAAGAAUAUGUUUCAACACUGGAGAUAAAACACAGAAAAAAUGCCUUGCAACUAUGUUCUUUCUCCUUCAGAAGGAUACGCUUACACAUUAAGGCUUCAUUAUUAAUGAAAGAUGCCAUGAAAUACAAAGACUAAAGACAGCGAUCAACGGAGUUACACUAGAAUGAUAUUUUUCAUAGAUGAAAAUAAAUUAUUACUGUAUUUGAAACUGGCAGAAAAUUAUAUGCUUGAUAAAACCUAAUAAUCUCAUUCCAAUGAAGGUCAUAAUUAUAUCGAUCAUUUUAUUGGCAUAAUUUUGGACGUUUCUUUAAAAGGAAUAUUGUUUAUUUGUAGAAAUAUCUUUGAAUAUUCUGCGUCGAUUUGCAUUUAUUUUUGUCAAAGGAUGACAGGAAAAUCGGAAUCAAACAUUGUGUAAUGUUUCAAUAUAACACCUCAUUCAAACUUGUGAAUGAUGCUUUAAAGUUUAAAAAGCUUGAUGUAUCCAUAUUUGCCAAAGUUCAACAGUCGCUUGAAGUGGUCAGUGUAGUACUCCAAAGACCAAAGAGAACGUCCAACCAGUGCCGGUGAGCCAUGGCAAACUUGUGUACAUCUCUCACUUGUGUCCGUAGUCUUGCAGAACGUCGAGUUACAGAAUAUAUACACGCUGUUAUGACUUUUCGGAAAUUCGAAAGCGUUAAACACAAAACGAGUUUCGUGUGUCCCUUGAGAGAGAAUAUGCGUAUCUGGGUCAGUCACACACCUAGAAAGAAAGUAAAUGAGUUUUACUUACAUUCGAGUUUUAGGUCAACAUAGCCAUAUUAUUAAAAUAAUUUCAUUUUUGUUUUAUUUUGACAUUCUUCAAAUUAUGUUAUGUUAUGCUUUAAAACAUGUAUAUGUAUCAGGUCAAACAUAAAUUGGGACAUGUACCAUUUACAAUUU